UUGUACCUUAAGCUUAAUGUAGUAAGUGUUUUGUAUUGGAUCCAGCCUCUUCUUCUUUCAUGAUUCCUUACUUUCAAAGAAAGCUAUCUAUCUUCCAUUCACUACUAACAGAGUCCUGAAAAGAGGAGAUUGAAAAAAAAUCAAUGGCAUCCAAACAGACUGUCAGAGAUCUCCAUUGGGCAUUGCAAGCAUUGCAGUCAGAAAACACAAACCUCCACAGCAUUUCCUUCCACCAUUUCCAGCCCACAUCAAGCUGCUUUCAAGAAACAGAGAAUUCCCUACACAUAAACAUCUCUACAGACACAACUAGCCUUUCAUGCUUCUCUCCACUCCUGACAGCACUCUCAUCAUCACAAAAAACCCACAAAUCUCUCAAAAUUCUAGAGUUCCAUCGGGUCGAAUGGGACCCGCCGCAGCUGCGAAGCCUCUGCGCUGCACUGAGCAACAACCCCAACAUCAAGCAAGUCAUGUUUCAGAGGAAUGUUUUUGGAGUGGACGGCCUAUCGGAGCUAUCAGAGAUGUUGAAGAGAAAUGCAGGCCUGAAGGAAGUCAUUUUCUCCGAAUCGCGAAUUGGGUCUGUCGGGGCCGGGCUACUUGCGUCGGCAUUGAAGAGAAAUGAGAGCUUGGAGGAGCUGCAGAUAUGGGACGAUGCGAUCGGUUCAAGAGGCGCUGAGGAGCUGUCGAAGAUGAUAGAAGUGAAUUCAACGCUGAGGCUGUUGAUAAUCCUUGAUUCACAUACAAUCACGGCGACACCGCUGAUCUCGGCCGUCCUGGCGAGAAACAGAGCCAUGGAAGUCCAUGUCUGGAGUGGAGAGAACAGGGACAAGAGCUCCAAGGUGGUCGAAUUCGCACCUGAGAAGAACGCUUUGAGAAUUUACAGGCUCGAUACGUCGGGCUCGCAGAGAGUUGCCUGCGCGCUGGGAUGGAAUUCGACAGUGAGGACACUCGACAUGAGCGGGGUCCGCCUGAAAUCGACGUGGGCCAAGGAGUUCAGAACAGUUUUAGAACAGAACGGAAACCUCAAACACGUUAAAUUGUCAAAAACAUGCCUUAAAGAUAAGGGAGUUGUCUAUGUAGCGGCGGGACUCUUCAAGAACGGAGGCCUAGAAAGCUUACAGCUCGAUGGGAACUGGUUCGGCGGAGUAGGAAUCGAGCAUCUAUUGUGCCCACUGAGCCGGUUUUCACAGCUCCAAAACCAAGCAAACUCGACGCUGAAAUCAGUGACAUUUGGAGGGGGGAAGACAAAGAUUGGUAGAGACGGAAUUAUGGCGAUUUUGCAGAUGUUGGGGACUAAUCAGAGCUUACUCCAUUUGGGUAUUUACGACGACGAGAGCUUGAGAUCCGACGACUUCAUCAGGAUUUUCAAGAGCUUGGAGAGGAAUGCUACUCUGAGAUACUUUUCUUUGAAGGGCUGUAAAGGAGUGCAAGGCGAGUUGCUGUUGCAGACGAUAAUGGAUACAUUGCAGGUGAAUCCGUGGAUUGAGGGCAUUGAUCUGAGCAGAACGCCAUUGCAGAAUGCUGGCAAGACUGACAGCAUAUAUCAGAAGCUAGGACAGAAUGGGAAGAUGGAAAUGGAGAUGGAUUUGCUCGAGGACAUGCCACAAACAGUGCCAAAGAGUUGCCGGGUUUUCGUCUGUGGGCAGGAAUUUGCUGGUAAAACCACAAUCUGCAAUUCCAUAUCACAAAACUUCUCAUCUUUCAAGCUUCCCUACAUGGAUCAGAUCAGAACACUGGUAAACCCAGUUGAGCAAGCUGUGAGAACAGAAGGAAUCAAGAUAAAUACCCUCCACGACGACGACACAAAGAUUUCAAUCUGGGAUCUUGCAGGCCAGCACGAGUUCUACGCCUUCCACGACCUGAUGUUUCCAGGACAUGGGAGCCCUUCAUUCUUCUUGAUCAUCUCCAGUUUGUUCCGGAAACCAGACAACCGAGAACAGAAAAGCCCAUCAGAGAUCGAAGAAGACCUCGUGUACUGGCUCAGGUUCAUAGUCUCAAAUUCAAGAAAAGCACAAACACAAUCACAAGCCAUGCUACCGAAUGUUACAGUAGUUCUCACCCACUUCGACAAAAUCAGUCAAUCAUCAGAGAACUUGCAGCUGACAGUUAGUUUGAUCCAACGGCUGAGAGAGAGGUUUGAUGGGUUUGUAGAAUUCUAUCCGACCGUCUUCACCGUCGAUGCAAGAUCAUCCGGGUCAGUGAGCAAACUCACUCAUCACGUCCGAAAGACCAGCAAAACAAUCCUUCAAAGGGUCCCGCGAGUCUAUGAGAUCUGCAAUGAUCUGAUACGAAUCCUAUCAGACUGGCGAUCGGAGAACCAUAACAAGCCUGCUUUGAAAUGGAGGGAGUUUUGUGAAUUGUGCCAGGUGAAAGUACCGGCAUUGAGGAUUCGAUCAAGGCACAAUGAUAUGGAUAAGGUGGCGAUGAGGCGGCGGGCCGUGGCGAAUUCCUUGCAUCACACAGGUGAGGUGAUUUUCUUCGAAGAGCUCGGGUUCCUGAUAUUGGAUUGUGAGUGGUUCUGUGGAGAAGUGCUUGGCAGGCUGACAAAAUUAGAAGUUAGGAAGCAGAGUUCGGCGGAGAAAAACGGAUUUUUGAGUCGGAAAGAGCUGGAGAAGAUUCUUAGAGGUAGCCUACAGAGUCGGGUCCCGGGAAUAGGCUCGAAGGUGUUUGAAAAUCUGGAGGCUGGUGAUCUUGUUAGGAUGAUGCUGAAGCUAGAGCUGUGUUAUGAACAAGACCCAGGUAACCCGGAUUCUCUGCUUUUGAUCCCAGCUAUCCUUGAAGAAGGCAGGGGAAGAUCGCAGAGAUGGCAAUUGAGCGCACCCUACUGUGUUUAUGCUGGUCGGCAUCUCGAAUGCGAUGAUUCAAGCCACAUGUUUCUCACGCCAGGAUUCUUUCCAAGGUUGCAGGUCCACCUCCACAACAAAAUCAUGGGAUCAAACAACCAGCAUGCUGCUACAUACAGCCUAGAGAAAUACCUGAUAUCCAUAACCAUCAAUGGCAUCUAUGUCCGAGUUGAGCUCGGCGGGCAAUUGGGCUACUACAUCGAUGUCCUCGCAUGCUCUACGAAGAACAUGACUGAAACUCUGAGACUCUUCCAGCAGCUCAUAAUCCCAACAAUCCAGGGACUCUGCCAUGGCGUUACCUUGACAGAGAGCGUCCUCAGGUCGGAAUGCAUAAGAAACCUGACCCCACCCAGAUUUCGAAAGACCCAGUUUGUGUCACUGCAACAACUGAAACAGGCGCUACUCACGGUUCCGGCGGACAGCAUGUAUGACUAUCAGCAUACAUGGAGUUCGGUAUCGGAUGGUAACAGGCCCAUCUUACCAUCUGGAUUCGACUUUGCCCGAGACCUGCUUUCGGAUGAGGACUUUCGAGAAGUACUACAUCGACGGUACCAUGACCUUUACCAUCUGGCCGCCGAACUAGCUGUCCCAUUGGAGAACACCCAUGACCCACCUGCUGAAGAUGAGCCCGAUAGCACAGUCGAACCAUCAGUAGCCGGCAUCGCCAAGGGUGUUGAAGCUGUUCUACAGAGGCUGAAGAUCAUACAACAGGAGAUUAAGGACCUGAAGCAGGAGAUCCAGGGGCUGAGAUAUUACGAACACAGGCUCCUGAUCGAGCUUCACCGAAAGGUGAACUACAUGAUGAACUACAGUGUGCAGUUAGAAGAACGGAAAGUACCAAACAUGUUCUAUUUCGUCCAGACGGAAAAUUAUUCAAGAAAGCUAGUGACGAACAUAAUCUCUGGCAUGACGGCGCUCCGGCUACACAUGUUGUGUGAAUUCCGAAGAGAAAUGCAUGUCGUUGAAGAUCAGAUGGGUUGCGAAAUGAUGCAGGUCGACAACACAACUGUGAGGUGUUUAGUCCCAUACAUGAACAAGUUCAUGAAACUGCUAACGUUUGCUCUGAAGAUUGGAGCCCAUUUCGUGGCGGGAAUGGGAGAGAUGAUACCGGAUUUGAGCAGGGAAGUAGCCCAUCUCGUUGAUUCGUCGGUUAUGUAUGGCGGGGCGGCAGCGAUGGGAGCGGGGGCCUUAGGGGUGGCUGCAAUUGGACAAAUGGGGGGGAGCAGAUACAGAAGCCAGAACAGGAUGUUGGGUGGAGAGCGUUCGAGAAAUGUUCAACAGGAUCUGAGAACGGCGCAGCAAUGGCUCGUGGAUUUCUUGAAGGACCGCAGGUGUUCGACGGGGAGAGAAAUUGCAGAGAAGUUCGGGUUGUGGAGGGUGCAAUACAGGGACGAUGGUCAGAUUGCAUGGAUCUGCCGACGGCACAGAGAAAUAAGAGCAAGUGAAAUCAUCGAAGUGCCCGUUUGAAAACAUGUC